AACCAAAUUCCACGCGCCCGGUCACGCUGAUCUGAUAAACUUUUCGAUUCCAGUCUAUUUUGUUUUAAAUUGUUGUAAUAACUAUUAAUUACUUUUAUAACACAAGACCAUGAUUGCGAGGACCCUGAGGGCCGUGGGUCGGCAAAGUCGCGGACUCCUGCUGCCAAGGAGCACUAUGUGUCGCCCGUUUCACGCGAUUCCGGCAAACUUUAGCAAAGCCUACGACCACGAUGGGAAAACAAAAGUCACUAUUUUCAACACCGAAACGGAUCUGGGACUCAUGGUCACGGGCUACAGCCAGUACGGAUUCAGGCUGAACAACGACAUGGUCCUGAUAGGACCUAUUUCAGUUUUUCCCAGAUCAGUUUUGUCCUGGAACGUGAACAGCUUCGAGGACAUCAACGAGGAAAGUCUCAGUCUCUUUCCUACAUUAGAACCAAAAAUUGACGUCCUAAUUAUCGGCAUUGGCGACCAAGCUCCGCCGCCAGCCCUUUCCAAAAGGAUCAUAGAAUUCAUGAAGAAGUAUAAGAUCAAUGUUGAGGUUCUUCGCACAGAGCAGGCCUGCGCCACAUUUAACUUCCUGAAUGCCGAAAACCGAAUGGUGGCCUGCGCUCUGAUUCCCCCACUGCACCUCACCUACAACGAGAACGACAUCCUGCAGGCGAAGCUGCGGAAGAAGGAGCUCUACGAGACCGAAUAGGAUUACUUAGCUACAUAAUGAUGCUUGCGUGAAAGGCUGGUGCUUUGUUAGAAAUUAAACUGUUUUGUAAAAUUCA